CGCCUGACCCUGACGGCUGCGCCUGCUUGUGCUUGGGCGAGCGCGCGUUGGCGUCGCCAUUCGAUUCGAUUCGCACGAGGCGCAGAGCGCGGGGGGGAUUGGCAUUGGCUCGCCACCUGCUCCUCUACGCCCCUCUCCUCCUCAUCUUCCUCUCCCUCCCGUCGCGCUCCCUCCUCCGCCUGCACCUGCGCUUCACUUCAAUUCUCAUCCUCGGCGAGCGGGAGCGCCGAGAGAGAUGCGACCGCGAUGGCCGCACUCGUGCCCUCGCUGCUCCUCCCAGCCCCAGCCCUGAUCCUACCCGCGCCACCUCGCUGCUGCCACCCCCGCCGCCGCUGCUUCGCGCCCGCUCCGCUCGCCGCGUCCUCCUCCUCCUCCUCCUCUACGUCCCCGCACUCCAGGCAGCCAUACUACCGCCGCCGCGGCCGCCGUCUCCACGACGCCUCGAGCCAGACACCGACGCCUGCGCCACGCCCGUCCUCCCAGCCGCAGCCGCGGCCGCGCGACGCAAAUGCCGCCGCGCCCCGCGCUCGGGGCCAGGAGGAGCUGGAGGCGGCGAUCUACGACUUCAUGUGCCGCUCCGCCAAGCCGGGAGCGUUCCCCACCCGCGAGGAGCUCGUCGCGGCGGGCCGCUCCGACCUCGCGGCCGCCGUCUCGUCCAGCGGGGGAUGGCUCUCCCUCGGCUGGUCGUCCUCCACCGCCGCGGAGGGACCCGACACGAUGGCCGCGCCGCGCUCAUCGGGCGGGGCCCACCCUGAUUACCCGCCCGAGACGGGCGUGUAUUACCGUGGGGACCUAGUGCCGGGCUCGGUGGAGGACUCCGAGUGGGAGGAGGAGGAGGACGACGACGACGACGAAGAGGAGGAGGCGUCAUCAUCUGGGCGGGAGGCGGAAACAGAGGAGAACAGCGAGAUCAGGUUCAAAGCAGGAAUCGAGGGGAUGCUCACCAGGCUGCAGAAGGAUAGGGAGCGAGCGCGGCCACCUCCACGGAGUAGUACCCACGACACACAGGGCCAAAGUGACGAUGAUGCUGGCAACAGUGGCGCACCUAGUCAUACAGCAGCUGGUGGCAGGCAUAUUCCAAGGGUACCUGAGAAUGGAAGUGUCCAUGGAUCUCAUUCUCAAAAUGGAACAAUAGAGGGCAACAACACCUUACAGAGUUCGAGCGAUGAUGCAUGGAAAACAUGGACCCUUGGCAAGGGUGGUUUAUCUCAUUUUGAAGCUGCUGAGGUCCUACCUACUGAAAGAAGAAAAUUAUCCCAACAUGGUGACAUUGCGUCUGUGCAAAAUGACGUUCAAAGGUCAUCGAAUGGUGUGGCUGUAAGUGAUUAUCCUAGUGAUGGUGUUGGCACUGAAAGAGAUGAGAUACAUUCACGUCUUCAAACUCUGGAAUUGGACCUUUCUGCUGCUCUCAAGACAUUAAGAUCAAAAUUUGAUAAAAUUUUAUCAGAUGUGUCAAAUAGUAAUGGAGCAACUGUGCUGGAUGACAUCUCUGAUGAUUGGGAAUUUGAGGAGACAAAGGUAAUGCAAGCUCAGGAGGAGCUAAGAUCAAUCCGGGCUAAAAUAGCUGUGUUAGAAGGGAAGAUAGCACUUGAGAUAAUUGAAAGGAACAAAAUAAUUGAAGAUAAACAAAGGAGGCUUGAUGAAGUUGAGAAGGCACUGAGUGAGCUCCGUACUGUUUGUAUUAUGUGGGCCAACCCUGCUUCAGAUGUUUUAGUGGUUGGGUCCUUUGAUGGCUGGACAAGUCAAAGAAAGAUGGAAAGAUCAGAAAACGGCAUGUUUUCCUUAAAUCUGAGACUGUACCCUGGUAGAUAUGAGAUUAAGUUUAUCGUUGAUGGUGUUUGGAAGAAUGAUCCGCUGCGACCCACUGUGCACAACAAUGGGCAUGAAAACAACCUUCUGCUUGUCACUUGACUUGAAGUAUGCACCCCAGUAGCAUUUUUGUAGAUCAUUUGCCUAGCUCCUUCUUGGUAUGGUUGAUGCCAACUGAUUAGAUCGGUCCCUCCAUGUAACUAAUCAGCUUUCCCUUCAGUUUUUUCUUUCUUUUCUAGAUAGGUGUGCGUGUGUACAACAUAAACAGUGGGGUGUCAUUGAAAUGCGUCACCCUGUUGAGAUAGGAGAAGUAGCUGUGUAUUCUUGUCUCACAUCGUUCUCCUUUAACAAUGUUGUAAUGUACAUAUGCUGUGAAGGUGGUCUAUUAUCGAAAAUAUUCAAAAGUUGUUUGCAGGA